UUAAUUGUGGGCCUCCUCUCCCAGAGCGAGGGAUGGGGCGGGGCUACAACGUCAGAGCGUUCGAAGCCGCGGCGGCGAAGGCUGAUGCCGUCACGAAGGCGACAACCCGGAAGUGGCGGCCACAGGGCGGGCAGGAGCUGCGGGCGGAGCAGGCGGUUACACUCUCAGGGAUGACUCAGUUGGGUGCCAUAGCAGCUCUAGCUGCCAGUCUGGUGGCAGCUGCUCUUUUUUCUGCAAUACACAAGAUUGAAGAAGGGCAUAUUGGUGUUUAUUACAGGGGAGGAGCAUUAUUGACAUCCACCAGUGGUCCUGGCUUCCACCUUAUGCUGCCGUUCAUUACCUCCUUUAAAUCAGUUCAGACAACGUUACAAACGGAUGAAGUAAAAAAUGUUCCAUGUGGCACAAGUGGGGGAGUGAUGAUCUAUUUUGACCGAAUAGAGGUUGUAAAUUUCCUAAUUCAAAGUGCUGUAUAUGAUAUAGUGAAAAACUUCACUGCAGAUUAUGACAAGGCCUUGAUCUUUAACAAAAUCCACCAUGAACUCAACCAGUUUUGCAGUGUCCACACGCUACAGGAAGUCUAUAUUGAAUUGUUUGAUCAGAUUGAUGAAAACCUGAAACUGGCCCUCCAACAAGAUCUGACCUCAAUGGCACCAGGACUCAUCAUUCAGGCAGUUCGAGUUACAAAGCCAAACAUCCCAGAAGCAAUUCGGAGGAAUUACGAACUCAUGGAGAGUGAGAAGACCAAGCUGUUGAUUGCAGCUCAGAAGCAGAAGGUGGUAGAGAAGGAGGCUGAGACAGAGCGGAAAAAGGCUCUCAUUGAGGCAGAAAAAAUUGCUCAGGUGGCCGAGAUAACAUAUGGACAAAAGGUGAUGGAAAAAGAAACCGAGAAGAGAAUUUCUGAGAUUGAAGAUGCUGCGUUCCUUGCCAGAGAAAAGGCAAAGGCAGAUGCUGAGUGCUACACUGCCGUGAAGGCAGCUGAAGCUAACAAGCUUAAACUGACUCCGGAGUACUUGCAGCUGAUGAAGUACAAAGCGAUUGCCUCCAACAGCAAAAUCUAUUUUGGCAAAGAUAUUCCCAACAUGUUUAUGGACCACGCUGGGACGCCCGCUAAGUCUUCGGAAGGAUCCACUGAGGAGCUGAGAGAUGAAAACUGGCUAGGAGCAGGGCCAGGCUUGUGAUCCUCAGUCAGAUGGAUGGCACUGACACCUAACCACUCUCUUUGGUGUGAUUUCUCUCUUUUUCUAGGAUGCUGCACAAAACCCACUUUUGUACUGAAAAUGCAGACUUGGGAGCAUAUAACUCUUUAACUUCCUCCGUAAUUGUUUGCCUUAGUGCAGAUGAAGGAAGGAACACUGAAUCAUGCUCAGAGGUCCGUGGCAUCCCCAUGAUGGACUCUACAUGCUGGGUUCAUUGGAUUUUUGUAGCAAUUUGAGGAGAACAAAUUCUCUUGCCAGAAAUGGUACUAUCCUCUUGCUGUUGUAUAAUGCUACAGAUGAAGUUGAACAUGUGGGUGACAAAUGUGUUUCCAGAAAAUUCAGAAAACAGAGGUUUUUUCCUUCCUCUUCCUCUUUUUUAAAGAAAGAUGACUGUUUGCUAUCACCUAUCCUGGAUAAGAAACACAUCAGUCAAAUAUCCCCCAAAUACUAUUAUUGAAUUAUUGGAUUAUUGGGCAUCUUGUCCAGUUGUUGGGUUUCAUCUGUAGCAUAUAUGUUUAACCCACCCUGCCCACCAGAAUAAAGGUGCUAUGUUUUUGAAUUUUUAAGAACAACCAGACCACCCACACUACAAAUUCUACAUGUGGCAUUGAUUAUUGGGAGCAUUAAAUAUCAACACACUACAGGCAUGUCUGAAUUGUACUUAUGGAAUGCAUAGAGAAAACACAUCUGAGCCUUGAUGUCUCUCUUCUGCAAUACUGUUAUUGCAGCUAGGAGACAGCUAGGAGACAACUACAGAUCCCAUUUUGGAAAGCAGAGAGCAGCAGUUAUUUCUGGGUUGCAGACAUCUUUCUAGUGUAGAAUGCAAUUAGGCUGCAUUUUGGGGUGGAGAGGAUAUAUGUUUGCUCUAGUAAUGAUUUAGAGUAAAUGGCGGAAAUUUAGAGCUUUAUGUUCCUUCCAUUUUAUGUAGCCAUUUGCAUGAACCCAAUUGGCAAGUUAGUAGAUUUCCCCACUAAGAUCUUUUUUCAUAAUAUCACCUUAGGUCCAUGCAUACUGUAGAUUUUUUAAUCCGUCCUCAAGACGUUUCCAAACAAUUGUACUCAAUGUAUGAACCCUUGAAGGCCUUAACCCAGUGGUUCUCAACCUGUGGGUCUCCAGGUGUUUUGGCCUACAAGUCCCAGAAAUCCCAGCCAGAUUACCAGCUGUUAGGAUUUCUGAGAGUUGAGGGCCAAAACAUCUGGGGACCCACAGUUUGAGAACCACUAGUACAUCCAAAUGAAAAGGGAUUACUAAAAGUAUCAGUAGCAAAGCCCUUCUUCCUUUGCAAUGUAGGAAGCCCAAAUGGGUUGGAAAUAUCUGUUGGGAAUCCAUGGCUCAAAUUCCAGCUGCCUGAGGAUGGAGAUAAUUUUCUUGUGGGAGAUGUAGUUACUGCUUUAUGUCAAACAGCACUGUAGUUUAAUAAACAAGCAUGACUUGUCAUUGUACAUAGACAUGAAAUACCAAGAAGGCUUAAGCUACUGUCUGUAAACCACUCCCCCCAUGCAGCCAGCACCAACCAACAGCAAAACUAGGAAGCGACGUCUUGAUUCUCUGCAUUGUCUCCUACGUAAUGGUUUCCCCCCCAUGCAGAACAAACAGGUCCCAAAGCCUUCUCCUUACUAUCCCUAAAUGUCUGAUUUUUGAAACAGUCCAGAAUAACAGUCUGGUAGCUUAAAGGUUGCUGUGAAUGGGAUUAAUGUGUUGUUGGUUUUAAAGUGUAGUUGCUACUGUUCCUGAAUAAGGGGAUGCAGAACAUCAGCAAAAAGAGUGGUCUGGGCCAUCUGAUUACAAUAAUAUGCAUUUCCGGUAUAAGCUUUUGGAAGCAGCCUAUUCUUUCUUUGCAUGACAGUAGAAGGAUGCAUCAAAUAUCCAUAGGCAUACAUUUCUAUAAAAUGGAAACAACCAGUUCUGAGCCCACAAAUAGUCUAAGAGCCCCAGUCACUUUACCAGAUGUGCCUUAGAUUUGUUUCGGAUAGUUCCUGCAUUGCAAACAGACAACUCUUUUGACUUUUAUACAAAAGGAAGAGGCAGGGAAAUGCAGCUGAUUGUAAAGGAGAAGAAGGUAUUUUGUGAAUGCUUUCAAUUAAGGUGGUUUUUUUAAUACUGAAGUAAAAUGUAGAUGUAUUAAGAAAUAGUGGGCACCUGUCUACCUAUAUGUUGUAGAUCUUGUGUCAUGGUUGGUUCAUGCUGCUCUAAAGAACCUGCUGCUCCUUGCCUUUGGUCUGAUGGGAGGUGGACACUAGAAAUGUUUGGAAGAGUAGCUUUCUAUGCUACUUGCUUCAGAGAAAGUGUCCUCAAAUAACAGCAGUAGUUGAAAGAGUGUUGUCAAAGACUUUCAUAGCCGGAAUCACUUGGUUGUUAAGUUUCUGGGCUGUAUGGCUAUGUCCCAGAAGCAUUAUCUCCUGAUGUUUGCUCACAUCUAUGGCAGGCAUCCUCAGAGAUUGUGAAGUUACAAUCUCUGAAGAUGCCCUGCUAUAGAUGUGGGCGAAACAUCAGGAGAGAAUGCUUCUGGAACAUGGCCAUACAGCCUGGAAAACUCACAACAACCCAACUGAAGGAGUGUUAGCUGUGACUCAGUUGAUUUUCAUUGUCUCCUUAAGCGAAAUUUAGAGGCAACCUUAUUCCAUAUUUAAAAAAAACCUGUGCAUCUCUCUGGGCCCAUCUUGAGUUUCUUGUAACUCGAAAAACACAAAUGUUGAGACAUCCAGUUGCUGCAUGAACGUGCGCUUUUCUUUUUCAAAAAGGAGUCCUAACCAAAGUGUGUAAAGCAACUUCAAGGUGAAAGGUGUAAAAUUUGACUAUGUGUCUGUAAGGAUCUGUGGGUUUUAAAUUGAAGCGGUUAAUGGACACAAACCAUGUCUUUCCCUUGAAAUACAGAGUUGGUACUAGAAAGGAUAAAGGGAUUAAAACCAUAAAAAUCAAUUUCUCUGACAGUAUGUUUGUUCUCUUUGAUCAUUUUGUUUCUUUUUCUAGUUGAGUGGUUACUUGUCUACUUGAUCAUAGCAAAUGUUACCUGACAACAGCAGAGUAUGGUACAGAAAUUAGGUGAAUUUGGUCUUGCUAAUAUGGGAUAUAGGUUAGAUUUUUCCCUUUCCCUUUAUUUUCAGCUUCACAGUUGAAUCUUAUGUUUUUGUCCAGUACUGCAGUAGAAGAAAGCCAGCAUUUUUCUAGCUUUCAUAGAUCACACUUUGCAAAUGGAAUUGUGUGUGUACAAGAAUGUAAAAAUAAAGUUGAGAGACAGAUGUGAUAUUUGGGAAGAACAACGCUCAGAUUUGGUUCUGAGAAACACAUGAGGGAGUUUUUUAACUUGAACAUUUUUUUAAAGAAAAACAAGCAAACUCAAUUCCAGCAAAGCCAAAGUGUAUUAUAUGACUUUUUAUAUAACUCUAAUGUACAAUAAUGGGUUAAAAGGAAUACAUCUUUGCAUUUUUUUUACAUAGAUCACUAAAAACGUAAAAACCACUACUGUAUUCAACAAAGAGCAGAACAUGUGAAAGAUAGGCUGUACAGUUCUCCUGAUACAGGAAUCCCAUCCAGUCUGUUAGGUACUGAAAAUAGUUUGUAGUUUUUUUUCUGUUUCUUUAAUGUGAUCACUGCUUUGUUAAAACGAGCCUUUACUGAAUGCUUAUUGUUUGGGCUCAAGAGUAAUUAACUUUUUAUAUUCCUUUUUGUAUUUCCAUGAAACAAUGUGACACUUAUUACCAGUAUGUUAGUGUUGGAAUGCAGAUUUGAAUGCAUCAGGCCAACUUCCUUACGAAGGUGGGUUUGAUGGGUGAAUGUCACUAUGUCGGACAUCAGCUAUACAAUUGUGCUGCUGUGUUAUGAAUCUCUUGGAUUAUUUUGUUUCAUUUGAAACUGUGUACCUGAAAUUAAAUCAAGCCUGUAUAUUUCACAAA